GCGCCUCCAGAGGCUGAUGGUGCUUCUUCUGUCGGUGCUUUUGAAGGCCGGCUCCAGGAGCGUCACGCAGCAGGAUGUAGACCUCCAGCUCCAGCUUCUAGAGGACUCCUACCGCCAGGAGAUUGACAAACUCAGGGCCGCAUCUGGCUCAGCCGAGUUCAGAAAUAUUCUAGGUCCUGAUCUGGACAACCCGUUUGAUCUGGACGGCGAGCUCGAUGACGCCGAUCCUGAGGUGUCUCCGGGCCUAUUUGAAGGCGACAUCGCUUAUAUACCCAAUGAGAUAGCGCAGUUCCGUGUCGCUCUCAACACGGAGAUAUUUCCCACACGCAAGUGGGAUACCAACGUGGUGCCAUAUAUCAUCAGCCCCAAAUACGAAAUGAAGCAGAGGAUGUUUAUAGAGGACGCCCUAGACAUACUUAGUUUUAUGACUUGCAUCAAGUUUGUCCCCUGGGACGGCAAGGUUAAAGAUUACCUGGUUAUAUGGCCCGUCAAGAAGCCUGCUGGGUGCUGGUCGUUCAUCGGGAAGCUGGGUGGCGCCCAGAUUGUCUCUCUGCAGCCGCCGGACAGCAAGUCCAAGCGCUGCUUCAUCUCCAUCGGCAAGCCCAUCCAUGAGAUCAUCCACGCGCUCGGCUUCUUCCACGAGCAGUCGCGCUUCGACCGCGACCAGCACGUGUUCGUCAUCAAGAAGCACGUCAUCCCACGUUUCUUGAACAACUUCGCAAAGCACGCUGCUGAGAACACGACGAUCGGGUACACGUACGACUUCACCAGCGUGAUGCACUACGGCACACAUUUCUUCAGCAUUGACCGUAAGGUGCCGACCAUGGUGCCCCGAGUCAACAACACGGUGAUCGGACAGCGCAACGGCAUGUCCGUCAAGGACUGUCUCAAGGUCAACUCCUACUAUGGCUGCAUGGAUGCGUCCGCGUACGACCGCAUGAAGUACUCCAGCAUCUGCCGCUUGAUGGGCAUCAGGAACGACGACACCACCUUCAACAGCCUGUAGCCGGACGUCUCUUGAGCUGUUUGGCCGGUGCCGCGGGUGUCAACACGCGGGCCAAGUGCAGUGACAACACGCGGGCCAAGCCCCUGCUGCGUCUGCCCCAGGCGCCACGCUGGUCGCCGGCCUCCGCGCCCGCGCCGGUAGCCGUGCUUACUCCACACACAGCGCGUCAGAUGCAGAACGGAACCGAGCUGCGGCGUCGGUGAUAUGCGAUGCAAGCGGUUCCUGAUUCUUGAUGCAGCGGUUCCUGAUUCCUGAUGCAUGUGGCUCCUGAUGCCAAACUUGUUGCCGUGGCAAAAGUGUGAAAAAUUCGCGAUACCAUUCCGUAGACGUUUGCUGGCCCGACAGAGCUUGAAAGAAGAGUGUUUAAGUGCAUGCGUGAACUGUGUUUCGCAUGGGAAUGAGAUCGGACACGGUUAUGUUUACGUAUCAAAAUGUGGUCAUCAUAACAUUCGUAUGACAUUUCGCAGUAAGCAUGGUGCACGUGCAGUUCAUAAACUGUAUAAUAGAAUACAAUGUAAAUAGCA